AUGUCGGGGCGCGGGGUUCCAGGCCCCAGGUGCGGGCUGCUGCUGGCUCUGCUGCUGGCGCUGGGCGCGCUGCCGCGGGUGCGGGGCGUCGAGGAGCAGUCUGGGGGCGCGAGCCAAGGCUUUCAGGUGGUCAGCUUCAAGUGGCACCACGUCAAGGACCCGUACAUCAUCGCGCUGUGGAUCCUCGUGGCCAGCCUGGCCAAGAUCGGCUUCCACCUGUCACACAAGGUCACCAGCGUCGUCCCCGAGAGUGCACUGCUCAUCGUGCUGGGCCUGGUGCUGGGCGGCAUCGUCUGGGCGGCCGACCACAUCGCCUCCUUCACACUCACCCCCACUGUCUUCUUCUUCUACCUGCUGCCCCCCAUCGUGCUGGACGCCGGCUACUUCAUGCCCAACCGGCUCUUCUUUGGCAACCUGGGCACCAUCCUCCUGUACGCCGUCGUGGGCACCGUGUGGAACGCGGCCACCACCGGGCUGUCCCUCUACGGCGUCUUCCUCAGCGGCCUGAUGGGAGACCUGAAGGUCGGGCUGCUGGAUUUCCUCCUGUUCGGGAGCCUGAUAGCCGCCGUGGACCCAGUGGCCGUCCUGGCUGUGUUCGAGGAGGUGCACGUCAACGAGGUCCUAUUCAUCAUCGUCUUUGGGGAGUCACUGCUGAACGACGCCGUCACUGUGGUCCUCUACAAUGUGUUCGAAUCUUUCGUGACGCUGGGUGGUGACAAGGUGACUGGCGUGGAUUGCGUGAAAGGCAUAGUGUCCUUCUUCGUGGUGAGCCUGGGGGGCACGCUUGUGGGGGUCGUCUUCGCCUUCCUGCUGUCGCUGGUGACCCGCUUCACCAAGCACGUGCGCAUCAUCGAGCCCGGCUUCGUCUUUGUCAUCUCCUACCUGUCCUACCUCACCUCCGAGAUGCUGUCACUGUCGGCCAUCCUGGCCAUCACCUUCUGCGGCAUCUGCUGUCAGAAGUACGUGAAGGCCAACAUCUCGGAACAGUCAGCCACCACCGUGCGCUACACCAUGAAGAUGCUGGCCAGUGGGGCAGAGACCAUCAUCUUCAUGUUCCUGGGCAUCUCAGCCGUGAACCCCCGCAUCUGGAAGUGGAACACGGCCUUUGUGCUCCUGACACUGGUCUUCAUCUCCGUGUACCGGGCCAUUGGUGUGGUCCUGCAGACCUGGGUCCUGAACCGGUACCGGAUGGUGCAGCUGGAAAUCAUAGACCAGGUGGUCAUGUCCUACGGCGGCCUGCGAGGGGCCGUGGCCUUCGCUCUGGUCGUCCUUCUGGACGAGCAGAAGGUGAAGGAGCGGAACCUCUUCGUCAGCACCACCAUCAUCGUGGUCUUCUUCACGGUCGUCUUCCAGGGCCUGACCAUCAAGCCCCUGGUGCAGUGGCUGAAGGUGAAAAGGAGCCAGCACCGGGAGCCCAAACUCAAUGAGAAGCUGCAUGGCCGGCCAGGGCCCCAGGGCCCUGUCCUCAGCCUGCCCUACCCUUUCCAGAGUGUUAGGUGGUCCAAUUUCGAUAGGAAAUUCCUUAGCAAAAUCCUUAUGAGAAGGUCGGCACAGAAGUCACGAGAUCGGAUUCUGAAUGUUUUCCACGAACUCAACUUGAAAGAUGCCAUUAGCUAUGUGGCUGAGGGAGAACGCCGUGGGUCCCUGGCCUUCAUCCGCUCCCCCAGCACUGACAACAUGGUCAACGUGGACUUCAGCACACCGCGGCCCUCAACUGUGGAGGCCUCUGUCUCCUAUCUCCUGAGGGAGAACGUCAGUGCCGUGUGCCUGGAUAUGCAGUCCCUGGAGCAGAGAAGGAGGAGCAUCCGUGACACAGAGGACAUGGCCACUCACCACACGCUGCAGCAGUACCUGUACAAGCCCCGGCAGGAGUACAAGCAUCUCUACAGUCGGCACGAGCUAACUCCGAACGAAGACGAGAAGCAGGACAAGGAGAUCUUCCACAGGACCAUGAGGAAGCGCCUGGAAUCCUUCAAGUCGGCCAAGCUUGGGAUCAAUCAGAACAAGAAGGCAGCGAAGCUGUACAAGAGGGAACGUGCCCAGAAGCGGAGAAAUAGCAGCAUUCCCAAUGGGAAACUGCCCAUGGAGAGCCCCGUGCACAAUUUCACCAUUAAGGAGAAAGAUUUGGAACUUUCAGACCCAGAGGAGGCCCCGGACUACGGUGCUGAAAUGGGUGGAGGGAUCGAGUUCCUGGCAAAUGUCACACAGGACACCACGGCGACAGACUCCCCCUCAGGGAUUGACAACCCCGUGUUCUCCCCGGAUGAGGACCUGAGCACCCUCUCCAGGGUGCCACCCUGGCUGUCACCAGGGGAGACUGUGGUGCCCUCCCAGAGGGCCCGUGUGCAGAUACCCUGCUCGCCGGGCAACUUCCACCGCCUGGCACCCUUCCGCCUCAGCAGCAAGUCCGUGGACUCCUUUCUGCAGGCCGAUGCCCCCGAGGAGCAGCCCCGCACGACCCUCCCUGAGUCCACGCACAUGUAA